AUGAGCCUAGCAUUUUUACACGCACACGACGGCGCAGAACCCCACUCUGAUGCCAUUUGGGGUAUUACAUGGACACACGACGACACUGUCCUCACCGCGUCUGCCGAUGGCUCCAUCAGAGAGUGGAACUCCACGUCAGGCCAGGUGUUGCGCUCUCAGCUGGCCCAUACGCAUGGACUCGUAUCGCUCGACGUGGACUCGGCGGGGAGACGCGCAUUAUACAACAGUUUGGAGGGCCUGACGUGUUUGUGGAACCUGGAGAGCGGGAAGAUGGAGGGGAAGUUCGAGAGUUACGUGCGGUCGGGGGCGGAGGCGAUCGAGCCAUCGUGGUCCGUGUCACUGGACCCUAAGGGCCAGACGUACGCGUCGACGGGCGGGUCGGGCAACGUCACGAUUCACUCCGCCGCUCGCGAGUCCUUUGGCGAGCGCCGUGCGACUCUCCCCAGCGGGCGCAACAAGUUCGGCAUGUUCUGCAAAUAUAGUCCCGAUGGGACGCGCGUGGCGAUGUCUCUGGAGACUGGUCAGAUAUACAUCUUUGACGUUGCGUCUGCGUCACUCCAAUCGACCUACACGUCGCAUGCUAUGGCGGUGCGUUCACUGGCUUGGUCACCCGAUUCGCAACUGCUCCUAACUGCAUCUGAAGACAAGCGACUCAUUCUCCAUGACGUCCGUGUCUCACCAUCCGGAAAGCCUGGUUCCGGUGCUGUCGCGACAUUUGCGGGUCAUUCAUCUUGGGUACUGAGUACCGACAUCUCUCCAGAUGGACGCCUCGGACUCUCCGGAUCUGCCGACAAAACGAUAAAAGUUUGGGACCUCUCCGCUCGCGCGGCGGUGUCAACCAUUCAGGAUACGGGCGAGGUUUGGAGCGUGUCAUGGCGCCCACGAUCAGCGGCGAAUAAUUCGGCGGGCGCAUUUGUGAGUGGUGGUGAGGAUGGUGUUGUGAGGUGGUGGAGGGCGGCAGGGGCCGGCUAA